UACGACGAUAUACAAAUAAAUUCAACUCGAAUUCAAGUCAACCAACCAUCAAAACCAUACCAAUCCCCUUAAUAUCCCCCCGAAACACACACACACAAACACAAUUGGGACUUGAUUAAAGGCACCAAAGUGACAUUUAAUUUGCCCAAAAUCCCUAAACAAAAGCAACAUCCCUCGUACAGCACCAAAUGGCUGUCCCUGUCGAGGAGGGCAUCCUCAGCGCCCUCCGGGGUGUAACAACUGAAUCAACACGCCUGCCCCAGCCAUUGCUGAUCAAAGUCUACGUGUCCAGUUUGAAAGAUGAAUUCAUCGAGGAACGUCGCAUGCUGCUGGAAUUGGUAGGCCCUGAGCUACAAUCGAUGUAUGAUGACCGACAGAUUGAGAUCGAAAUUGUGGAUAUGCAUUUUGGUACUGGCCCCCCAGACAUUAUCGCCCUGGAACAAGAUCCAUAUUUAAUUCACGAUUACUUAGAUGAAAUCGAAACUUGUCAUCGUGUCUCGAAAAGUGUAUUUUUUAUUGCUCUUGUUGGUGAAAGUAUUGGAAAAAUGUGGCUUCCCACUCACAUAGAUGAUGAAAUUUUUUCAGCCAUCUCGAGUUGUUGUUGUACGGGUGAAGCUGAGAGAAUUCUAUUAAAUAAAUGGUAUUCGUUGGACAGCAAUAAAGUCAAUGACAGUACUACUACCAGCAGCAGAAGCUGUUAUAGACUCAAAGAAGACUACCGAUCACUUUCCUUUGAGAAAUGGCAUUCGGAGUAUGUGAAACUUCUUAACGCAAUUGAAAAAUCACUCAACGCAAUAAUGAAACAGAAACAUCACUCAAAAGAAUUCUGUGAACGUAUCCAACAGAUGCGUAUGACACCAAUGGAGAUGGAAGUUCAUAAGGCUUUGGAACUCUCAAAUGAUAAAGUUAUUGCUGUGUUUCGAGAAUGGUCAAGCCAUCAGAGUCCUCCGGAUGUAGAAUCCGGUGAAAGGUUACGACAACUAAAAGAUCGUCUUACAAUAAAUCUCUCUUCGGAUAAUUACACAACAUUGGUAGUUGCAGGAAAAUCUGAAAAUCAUAGGAUUGAUGCUGAUUUAGAUGAACAUGAAUCCUAUUUGAGUAAAUUUAAAAAUAAAAUUUUCGACAAAAUGCGAAAUUUAAUCGAGGAACACAUUUCAAAUGAUCCCGAUGUUAUAAAGGGGAGAAAAAAGACUGUACAGGAAAUUUUCCACGAACACUCCACCCACUUGAGAUUUCUCAAGGAGCAUCUCGACUCGCAAAGCCUCAUCUCAUCAACGGUGCCGGAUCGUCUUCGAGCUAGCGUCAUGCUUAAUUUCCGCAAUGGCAGUCGUCAUGCUCCAUAUUUUAUUUACGGCAAAAAUGGUAGCGGCAAAAGCACCAUAAUGGCCGAUUUAUAUAGUCAAGUCAUCAAAUGGUUCGCGGAACUACCAACUCGAGCUCAUCGCAUGAUUCGCUUCGCUUCAGCCACACCCCGUUCCGCCUACAGCCUCGAACUGCUACGAGUCAUUUGCCAACAGAUUUCCAUUAUCUUCAAUAUACCCGAGGGUUACCUGCCCAAGGACGCAUCCUUUGAUCCGCUCUACAUCAAUAACUGGUUUCAGAAUUUGCUGAAAAGGUGCGAGGACAUGAACAACGACAUCCUGUUUCUGUUCAUUGACGACUUGCACAAGCUUAAUCCCUUGGAUUGUGAUAUAGUGGCGGCUUUGUCAUGGCUGCCGAUAAGCCUUCCCUGGAAUGUGCAAAUAAUCUGCAGUACAACAACUCCUGUUGACCAGCUGAAGUUUACAAAUAUCCAAAAGGACAGGUUCAAGUCGACCGAGUAUUUGUUUGAUUUGUCGCAGGAUGUGAACUUAACCAAGUUGCGGACAAUUGACGAUUUACCGUUUGAGGAGAAAAUUCUUGAGCAAUUUGAUCAUUUUGAAGAGCGUUAUGGGAAGAAGGCUUUCGGGAGAUUGGCUGCAUAUAUAACUUGCUCGGAAUAUGGGCUGUCGGAAACGGAACUGCUGGAAUUGCUAAUGCCUUGCGAUAACCCGGAGAUGUUCAUCGAAAUAGAAAAGGGAAAUUUUAAUUUCUCAUCGCUGAAGAAAAUCCGCAACGAAAUGAAAUUUCUUUUUCGAGAGAAAAUCAUGUCCGGAAAGGUUCUGAUUCAGUGGCGACACAGAUUUUGUGCGGAAAUUGCAAAAUCACGUUACAUGGAUGCAAAGAGCACCAGAACGAUGCACAUGGAAAUUGCAAAUAUAUUUUUCAAUCAAGAAGCUGAAGAGAGCGACGAUACGAGUGCGGAAAAAAGUGAUAAUGUCUCAGUUAUUAGCCAAAGAGAAAGAGAUACAGAAUCAGCAAAGCCACCUUCCCACCAUCAGGAUGACAACUCGACAUUUUACAAUCCGAUUGCAGCUGACGUCUCCUACAGCAUACGACAUGUAGAAGAGUCCUGGCAUCAUCUAAUGCGGUCUGAUGAUACUACAAAAUUCAAACAAAUUGCUGUAUGCAAUUUUGACUUUCUCCUUGCCGCGGUACAAACCGUUUCGAUAAGUUAUCUUCGCUGCUUAAUCGAGCAUGUCCGAUGCUACUUGCUCGACCGUGACAUUGAGCUAAUCUACUACACAAUUCGUAAGUCCAGUGAUGUCCUUACGCGUGAUCCCAUGCAAUUAGGUGCUCAGGUAAUCUCUUGGCUACGUCCCAUAAGCGAACACGACGAGAAUGACAAUUCGCUAUUGAGCAUUACAGUUCGUUCGGCAACAGCUUGGUGCGAUGGAUACACUGUCCCAUUGCUCGUCCCUCUCACCGGAUGGCUUCCGGCACCGCUGCCAUCACAGAUACGCACAAUGACCGUAUCCGGAACGGGACCCAUUCGAGAUAUUGUUGUUGCUCCAUCGAAACAGCACCUCAUUCUGGCAACAAAAUCUGGCGACGUCCAGCUAUGGCAUAUAAUGAGCAAUUCAUUGGAGCACACAUUCAAGGGACAUACGGCAGCGGUCACGUGUAUGCUAGUUGCACCACAAUCGGAUAUUCUGUUGACUGGCUCCGAGGAUACAUCUGUGAUUGUGUGGGACGUGAGCAACCGUGAAAUGAAAGUUCACAUUCGUGAACAAACAGGUCCAGUUACGUGCGUUGCUGUCGGCGUUAAUAAUACGGUCGUGAUUAGUGGCAGUGAGGAUGCAACAAUUGUCAUAUUCAACUUGCAUACUGGAAAGAAACUCCAAAAAAUCGAACACCAUCGCGGACCAGUGACAUCCGUCAAAGUGAGCUCCGCUUGCGAUGUACUCAUCUCGGCCAGUCAUGACAAACUCAUCUGUCUAUGGUCCUUAGAAGAUUAUACCUUACUUAACACGAUGACAAUGACAAGUCCUGUGAUGAGAAUAGACAUAUCGUGUGAUUCGGUAUUCCUGCUUGCUCAUUGUGAGGACAAUGGUUUAUAUCUGCGUACCCUGGCGACUGGCACCGAGCUACACACUCUCAAAGGACACAAAUCCAAGAUACGAACUAUGUCAAUUGCAAAGGAUAGCCAAAGGGCUGUGGUCGGCUGUGAGGAUACACGAGCCUUAAUUUUUGACAUGCAUUCGGGAAAACUCAUCCGCUCCAUGCCACCAAAUCCGGGACCAGUAACAGCUGUAUAUGCAAUGGACAACGAUGAUUUCCUGAUUACAGUGGGUGGAAAUAAAAUUACCUUUUACUCAUUCCGCAAUGAGGAGCUCUACGUUCAUCCGUAUUCACACAAUCAACGCAGGAAACGCUCCCUCAAGCGUAUGCAAUCGCAAAGGUCCCCAUCCACAACUCUGCCACCGAUAAGCUGUUUCGAUGUAUCCAGAGACUCUCAGUUGGCUGCCAUUGCUUCGGGCAAAAGUGUUCACAUUUUGAAGGUGAACAACACACCGGAAUAUCAAAUGACUUGCGAUGGACAUACGGGCGCUGUGACAUGUCUGAGCUUUGCACCGAAUAGCGAAUUUUUGGCAUGCGGUUCAGAUGAUAAGACUGUUAGUAUUUGGGGUAUUUCUCAAGGAGCAGUUGUAACAAGGUUUAAGGGUCACAAUACAACCAUUACGUCUGUGGUGGUUUUAAUGGAUUCCCGAAGGGUUAUUUCAUCGGACCGUGAAGGUUUUCUGUAUGUUUGGUUAGCUGAAGCAGCAACACUUCUACAAACUAUUCAGGGACCAUACAAAACUCUUGCUGUUACCAACAAUAUGAAGUUUGCUGUCUCAACAAACGGUGAUAAUAGUCUUAAAAUCUGGUCCCUUACGAGAGAAGAUGAAAAAUACUCAGUGUCACAUUCCGAUGACAUCACAUGUUUCACAAUUACAGCUGACAGCUUAUAUGUGAUAACCGGGUCGAAGGAUAUGUCACUAAAGGUUUGGCAAGCAACGGGUGGGAAAUUGGCACAAGUUCUGGUUGGACAUACAGAUGCUGUGACUUGUGUGACGGUAUCAGUGACAAAUAAGACACAAGUGAUAUCCGGAUCGAAGGACUUUAAUCUUAUAUUAUGGGACUUGCAUACUGGCGAGGAGGUUCACACGCUAGCUGGUCAUUUGGCUCAAGUUACAUGUGUCAAAGUUUCAGCUGAUGGAACAACUGCUGUCUCAGGAAGUGAUGAUAAAACUAUUAUCGUUUGGGAGACAAAACGUGGUUUAGCCUUAACUUCAUUACAACUUCAUGUGUCCUUUGCCCGUUUCGACAUUAGUUUGGAUUGUUCUCGAAUUCUCAUUCAACUUGUAGAUAGUUUUAAUUUGCCAGUGAUUUGUUUACAUAAUACUCCAGCACAAUAUGUUAAACUCCCAACAUAUUCAGCUCCAGCUAGAGACGUUGAAGAUCUUCGACCACAAGGUCCAAAACGUCAAAUGAAACGUUUACUCAAAAAAGAAGUCUCUCUCGAUACAUAUACUUGGCAGAAAAAAUAUGGACAUUUGACAUCAUCAGUAAUGAUGGCACAAGUUGAUGAACGAUUGAAGAGAAGAUUUUCGGUAUCGGCUAGUAUGGAGGAAAUUUCAAAAAUUGCUGAAAUGAAAACAUUGACAUCACAAACAAAUUUGGGGCCGGAACAAGCAGCCUUAGCACAAUCACAGCAUUUUGAUCAAUUAGAAGCAUUAUGGAAUAAGAGAUCACCGCCAAGAAGACGACAUAAUACGGGUCUAUCACGUCAAACAUCCCUUGUUGAAGAUCGCCUUGAAUCAUCCGACGACGAUGAAUACCAUGACGAACGUGCAGGUAUGUCCACAUCUACCGAAACUGUUGAUAAUUGUUAUUUAAGUCCUGGAAUGAUAAGAAUGCGUCCAAUUUCACUUCCAAUAGCUGCAUGGGAAACAUGUAGUGCAACUGAAUUAACAACAACGGUAAGUGGUUCAAAUCAUGGUGCUCAACCGGAUUUAGUUAAAGAUAUUCCUACUCCAGUCAAAUCAGAAUCAAAGAUUUCUUCUUCUUCAACAAAUCAAAUUGAUACAUUUCAUUUGCCUGGUUGUUCUAAUUGUAACAAUCAUCAUCCUAAAAAGAAAUGGAGUAUGUUUCGUUGGAAAUCUUUGAAAAUUCAUAAUCGUAGACAUCGAAAAUGUAGUUCUCUUCAAUUAAAUGAGGCUAAAAGUAUUCCAACUAUACCAGCCACAGUCCUAAUUGAACCCCAUGAUUCGACCACUUUUCGUUCUGAAGUUAAUCAAGAUCAGUCAAAUGUUAGUCGUGAUGGUCAAAUUUCAUCAUCACCUGUAACUAAUUUACAGAGAAAAUUUAAAAUGUUUAAUGUUUUUCAUUUACAUAGACGUGGCAAAGUCCUUUUAGCCACCAACUCGUCAAACGUUUUGACUGAUGUUGAUGCUUCGAAAGUUAAAAAUAAAAAGCACAAACGUAGAAUUAGAACGAAUUCAAUAAAUGAACACACCUGCCUUGCACAGUAGUAGAAGUUCCAAAAAUCAAACUCAAAAUAUAUUUAUUUCUCUUUUUAAAUAAUUUAUUAAUUUUCUAUAAACACUAUGUUCUGUGUCUUUUUUGUUUUUUUUUGUUAAAU